UCUCUUUGAUCGCAGGUUUUGGAUUUUGGAAGGCAGCUGUCGUGCUGCUCCCUCCUACAGAGCAGAACAGACGCUAUAUUCAUCUGGCUCUGAAACUCCCCCGAGCGGCUUCAGGACAGACGGAGAGGAGCACAAUAAUAUCAUUAAUGCAGCUGGUCGCAGACACGCACGCCUGAUCUGACCUGAUCCGAUCCACUGGCAGUUCUUACAAUGUGGAAGAUCUGCGGUGUCCUGGUCGCCUGUGCUCUGCUGCUCGUGCUGCAUGUGCGAGCUCAGACUCCAGACAGACAGACCUUCACGUGUGGUGGGAAUAUCACGGGACAGUCGGGUGUUAUUGGUAGUCAGGGUUAUCCGGGCGUCUAUCCGCCGAAUACCAAAUGUGUGUGGAGAAUUACUGUUCCAGAGGGCAAAGUGGUUGUCCUCUCAUUCCGUUUCCUCGACUUAGAGAGUGACAACCUGUGCCGCUACGAUUAUGUGGAUGUUUAUAGUGGCCAUGCCAAUGGACAGCGUCUUGGCCGCUUCUGUGGCACAUUCAGGCCAGGAGCCCUUGUUUCUACAAACAACAAGAUGCUUCUACAAAUGGUAUCUGAUGCCAAUACAGCUGGCAGCGGCUUCCUGGCUGUGUACUCUGCUGCCCACCCAAAUGAACGAGGCGAUCAGUACUGUGGUGGGAGAUUAAUAAAGCCGUCAGGAACCUUCAAGACCCCCAACUGGCCAGAGAAAGACUAUCCUGCUGGAGUCACAUGUUCUUGGCAUAUAGUAGCACCAAAGAACCAGAUUAUAGAGGUGAAAUUUGAGAAAUUUGAUGUGGAGAGGGACAACUACUGUCGUUAUGAUUAUGUGGCCAUUUUUAAUGGCGGAGAAAUCAACGAUGCUAAAAGAAUUGGGAAAUACUGUGGUGACAGCCCACCAGCACCUGUGUUCUCAGAGGGGAAUCAGCUCUUCAUUCAGUUCCUCUCAGAUCUCAGUUUAACAGCGGAUGGCUUUAUUGGCCAUUACAAAUUUAGACCAAAGAAGUUUACAUCCACAACCAUUCCACCAACCACGACAGCACCACCCACUACCACAAGACCUAUACCUUUGAAGUAUUCUGCAGCGCUGUGUCAACAGAAAUGCAAACGGAAGGGAACCCCUGAGAGCCACUACUGUUCAAGCAACUUUGUGAUUACUGGAACAGUCAUCACUGCUGUAACACGAGGAGGUAGCAUGUAUGCCACCAUCUCCAUAAUCAAUGUCUACAAGGAAGGUAACCUUGCUAUCCAGCAAGCUGGAAAAACCAUGAGCACAAAGAUUGUCAUCCUUUGCAAGAAGUGUCCCUACGUCAGACGAGGUUUGAACUACAUCUUCAUGGGCCAGGCAGAUGAGGAUGGCCGUGGAAUGAUCGCCCCCCAUCAUUUCAUCAUGGUUUUCAAGGCCAAGAACCAGAGGGCCUUCAACAUGCUGAAGAACAAACGCUGUUGAGCUCUUACAGACAAUCUUUGGUCUCAAAAUCCACACAUUGGUGUGUGAUUAUUUUAUUUUUUUUUGCCCUGCAUGUCCCAACUUCCUUCAUCGCCCUCUCCAGAGGAGCCCGAGGACUAUUGAAGCACAUUGGUUCCUACUUCUCUUCUUACUGUUGUGAUGAGCAUCAAAAUGACAGAAAGAACAAAAGUAGUAAGGCAUGACAGGUGCAGAAAGCUAAAAUGUAAAGAACAAGAUGAUGGUGUUUUGAAUGGCACAGUUUACAAGAUAUUUCUAGAUUUUUGAUCAAAUAGCAAAGUUAGAGGUGCUUUGUUGAUGAUGUCUAGAAGGCAAUAAACAAGUAGCACACCUUUGAAAUCAUUCUGGAUAUAUUGCAUUUUGUUUAUAAAAUAUUUUAAUAGAAACGGAUACCUAGUGAUGAAUGUUAAGUUAUAAAUUAUUUGUUUUAUGAAAGAAAAAAUAAAGUUCAUUAUCAGUAAA